UAAUCCUACUCAUCCUUUUAGCUGUCAGCUGAUUGUCGAGUUGGAAGAAAAAGAAAACAUAGCCAUGGCGGCAGAGAUUCAUUCGAGGCCUCAAAGCUCAAGACCCGUUCUUCUAAAUAAGAUCGAAGGACAUUCUGACGCGGUCAAUGCUGCAGUUUUGAUACCGAAAGAGGACGGAGUGAUCACAGUUAGCGAGGACAGAACUAUCCGGGUAUGGCUGAAGAGAGACAGUGGACAGUACUGGCCCAGUAUCUACCACACGGUCUCCUCGCCGUGCUCCUGUAUGUCGUACCACCACGAUAGCAGGCGCAUCUUCAUAGGGCAGGACAACGGGGCCAUUGUGGAAUUCCUUCUGUCUGAAGAUUUCAACAAGAUGAACCACGUGAAGACGUAUCCUGCCCAUCAGAACCGUGUGUCAGACAUGGUGUUUUCUCUGGAGAGCGAGUGGGUGGUGAGCACCGGACACGACAAGAGUGUGAGCUGGAUGUGCACCCAGAGCGGCAGUAUGCUGGGGCGCCACUACUUCGACUCCUGGGCCUCCUGUCUACAGUAUGACAAUGACACCCAGCAUGUCUUUAUAGGGGACCACUCAGGACAGAUCACCCUGCUGAAACUGGAGAGACAGACCUACUCCACUGUGACCACACUGAAGGGCCACGAAGGUAGUAUUGGAGCUCUGUGGUGGGAUCCUGUUCAGAGGCUUUUGUUCUCAGGAGCGUCGGACCACAGUGUCAUCAUGUGGGACAUCGGGGGCCGCAAGGGACGAACACUACUGCUCCAGGGCCACCAUGAACGAGUGCAGGCGGUGCGCUACCUGCAGCUGACCAGACAGCUGGUGUCCUGUUCUGCAGAUGGAGGUGUCACAGUGUGGAACAUGGACACUCCCAGAGAAGAGGCUCCUCAGUGGUUAGACAGUGACUCGUGUCAGAAGUGUGAGCAGCCUUUCUUCUGGAAUGUCAAACAGAUGUGGGACUCGAAGACGAUUGGUCUUCGGCAGCACCACUGCAGGAAGUGUGGCAAGGCGGUGUGUGGGAAGUGUAGUUCCAAGCGCACUACAUACCCUGUGAUGGGCUUUGAGUUCCAGGUGCGCGUGUGUGACACCUGCUACGACACCGUCAAGGACGAGGAUCGCACAGCGUUAGCAACGUUCCAUGAGGGGAAGCACAACAUAGCCUUUAUGGACAUGGACCCUUCCAGAGGCCUGAUGGUGACCUGUGGCAGCGACCGUGUCAUCAAGAUAUGGGACAUGACGCAAGUGGUUGGCUGUAGCAUAGCAACAGGCUUUUCCCCACGUUGAUUAACCCCUGCCCCUGAUCGGCCCCCAAACUCUGUCCUCUGCACUACUGACAGGUGUCUCUGUCCUUGGGACCUCUGUUGCAAUGACAACUCCUUUGUCUCAUCCUUCUGGCUCCUCUUCUCUGUCUGGCUGCUUCUGUUCUCUCACAUCCCACUGAACGUUUGGAUGAAGAUACGUGUGUGCUGUGUAAAUGGGUGGGUACUGGUGUUGGUAACCCUUCGCUUGAUUUGGUGUCAGUUUUGUACGACAGAAGUCUCAAAUGUGUCUCAGGUCUAACUUCCAAUGUGUACCCAUUUAGUGGACCUCCAAGGUGUGUGUGUGUGUGUGUGUGGAAGGAGCAGUGUUUGUGUUGACGUAUGUUAGACUUCUGUCAGGUUUCUUUGACAAAGUGGGUCACAUUCCUCUUGCACUGUAACAUUGGACUGCUAACACCCAUCAUCCACAAUGCCCUGCCCAACAGACACACAGGGCUCUCCUAUUGGCUGGUGACUUCAACUUUCUACAUUUGAAAUAUUGCAAAUACUAACCAUUAAUUACGACACUGCUUUUAUAUAUGCAUAGUGUGUACAGUAUGAGAUGCAGUGUUACUUACCUCUGUAUAUCCCUCAAUGAUCAUGAGGUCAGUUUCUCUCUUUCUCGCUAGGCCUUCUCUUUCCCCCUCUCUUGUUCUCUCUUCACUAGUUGGCCUUAAACUCACUUGUUUGUCUCGGAGGAGGAGAUGGAAGAGUCAGUAGCCGGCAUGGCUGUACGUGCCCGAUUGACGCUCGAGCCGUCGGCAUGACAACCCUUGCCGAGCCGUAGGCACAGCUGUUCUCCCCCAGACAUUGUCCAACUUCACCUCAGACACACCUAAAACAUCUCUUGUCAAUUUUCUGUGCAGAUAUCACUUCUAGUCCUGAUAACCAAGACCCCAUACUCUAUUGUUGCCUUUGUGAUAAGUAAAGAUGAAUUUGCGUAUAAUGAAAAACAGUGUACAGUUUUGAACAAGAGGUUUUUGUUCUGCUUUUGCUCUAUUUAGACAGGCACUUAGGUACUGAAAUGGUACUGUAUAAAAGUCAAUGUAGCACUAGUUCCUGUGCACGCUGAUGUUUUACACUGUCUUCUCACUGAGUUUGUGGGUCAAAUUAGAAGCUGCUAGCGUUUCCUCUAAGACCUUAAGAGAGCAGGACGCCCCAAGCGUUCUUCAACCUUCAAACUGUUCACGACUCUUCUCACACGUACGCACAUACACACUCUGCUCUGUAGCAUAGCUGCAUUUUUCACUUAACAGUCACCCAUGAAUACUUUCAACACUAUCGACUUGCUUCUAGUUUCUCUGUCACUCUCCCGCUCUGUUUUGUUUCCAGAGCCCAAGAAGCUUCUCCACUGCACUGAAAUGCACUAAAUGUGGUCUAGAGAGCAGAUGUGCUGUGCAUUUAAAAUAAAUAAAUGUUUUUGUAAGUUUACAAUU